UUGAGCGUGCUUCCUAAAAAUUUUUAAAUUGUUCGUCCGUUAUUCUACAUAUACUCCAAUAAAAAUGCUACCGAAACAACAGAUUCGCAUGGAGGCGGAACAAGAUAUACAGGAGACGAUUGCCAUGGUUAAACAAUACUGGCCGGAUUAUUCCAUAACUCCAGAUCUGUUGAAAAAGCCCACUAGAGAGUUUGUUUUAACUUUCUACUCGGAUUGCGUCGAAAAUAUAAGGCAGAAAAUUUCGCACAUUACGGGCAUCGAUCUGUCACCAAAUCCCCAGAAUUUAGAGUUAGAAAGCUACUUGUAUUGGAAACUACGCGAAAUUCCAUCUAUGGACGAACUUAAGCUUGGGGAUCUGUACAAAUUUAAUCCCCUUAGAACGAGGCAAUUCAUAAAGCUUAUAAUACAUUUUCUAACUUAUACCGAGUUAUACAUGGAAGUACCUGUCGCAAUAGCCCAAAACAGAAUAGAAAUUAGCAGAGUGAUGGAAACCCAGACAAAAGAACUAAAUGAUUUCCAAGAAUUGAAGCAGCAAAAAAUUUCUCAGGUAGGGUUGUUGGUCCGUGAAACACAAGAGCUAAGUAAGAAAUCCAAUACUGUUGAUGUUUUAUAUAAAAAAAAUAUUCCUAAGAAAGUGGAAUUAGAAAAAGAACGUAAAGAGAAAAAUAUGCAACUAACAAAACUAAAUGAAGAUUUUAUUAAAAAUGAAACAACCCUGCAACACUACGAAGAGAAAGAAGAUCAUUUAAGGAAUGAAAUUACGACAGUGCAAGAAUACAAAGAUUUAAUAAAUAUUCGUGAAAUGUUGAAAAUGGAAGAAAUAACCGAAACAGCAGCAGUUAAAGAUCAUCAUGAUGGACUACAGCAGUGCAAAAAUACACUAGGACCUCUGAGGGUGGUGUCCAAUAAAUUAAAUGACUUGUCAAUAACAAAUGGAGUUUUCGGGGUUGUUGUUUGUCGUCAGGAAAAUGAAAAUUUGAAACAACGAAUCAUGUGUUUAUGGGAUCAACAAAAAAACAAAGAAAAUACGCAGAAAGUGUUGGACAAGAGGCUGCAAAAUGAGCGAAAAAACUUGGAGCAAACACUUCAAAGGACUGUGAAAACAUUGGAAAGUGAGAUGGCAAAAAAUACUGUUGACAAGGUCAAAAUAAAGAGUCAAUAUCAAGACAAGGAGGCCCACAACAAAUUGAAACUAGAAGAAGUAUUGGGGCAAAUUAAACACAUAGAAGAAGAAACUGAAAAACUGAAGAAGGGAUUUAAACUUCAAUAUGAUAGGAUGAGAGAAUUACAGCAGACCUGUACGAAGAAGGCUGUAGAAACCAUGGAAAGAAUUAACGAAAACAUUGAAUAAAAAUUGGGCCGGUAGAUAAUCAUCACUCUCACCUCACGAUAACUUAUUUAAUUAUUUAUGCGUCUAAUCAAAACUUUUUGUUCAUGGGACGUCUUGUGUAUUAUUUAACAUUCUAAAGGGAAAUAAAUGUCAUUUACAUUC